UGCAGCGGGGUGGCAAGGGAAGGCAGGGGGGAAGGGACAGUCGGUCGCAGACCGCGCUGGGUUGCCGCCGCCGCUGCCGCCAUCGUGCCAGCCCGUCGGGUCUCAACGAGGCCGGGUGACGCUCCAGAAUGGGAGACAAGCCAAUUUGGGAGCAGAUUGGAUCCAGCUUCAUUCAACAUUACUACCAGUUAUUUGAUAACGACAGAACCCAACUAGGCGCAAUUUAUAUUGACGCGUCAUGCCUUACGUGGGAAGGACAGCAAUUCCAGGGGAAAGCUGCCAUUGUGGAGAAAUUGUCUAGCCUUCCGUUCCAGAAAAUCCAGCAUAGCAUCACGGCGCAGGACCAUCAGCCCACGCCAGAUAGCUGCAUCAUCAGCAUGGUUGUGGGCCAGCUCAAGGCCGAUGAAGACCCCAUCAUGGGGUUCCACCAGAUGUUCCUAUUAAAGAACAUCAAUGAUGCUUGGGUUUGCACCAAUGACAUGUUCAGGCUUGCCCUGCACAACUUCGGCUGACCUCCUCCCAGCCAGGCACUCAUGCUGUUUCCUCCUCCCUCCUCUUCCCGAUAUUAUUCAUGCUCCUCCAGAUGCUCCAAAUAUCAUACACAAAUGAGCAGGGCCGCGGUGGGAGUGGGCGCAGUGCGCUACUGCUGCCGAGGUAUUGUGCAUGAUGUUUGGACGCUAGACUAGUUGCAUCUGAUGGGAGAAGUUUGUGUUGUACCAGCGCAUGCCUUGGAAAGACUUAAGUAAUGCGAAAGGUUGUCUUUUUUUUUUUUUUUUUUUAAUCUACUGACAAGUUGCUCUAGUAACCCAAAGAAGUGAAGGAGAAAGCAGCUGCCUCACCACCGAGAUAUUGAUUUGUUCAGAUGUUUCAAUGCCUCAUGAUACAAUAAAACCACAAAAAUUUUCUUAACA